UUAUUUAAUUCAGUGAUGAGUUGUAGUGAGUGGUAGGCGAGAGACAUUGCAUAGACAAUGCUGAGAACGUGUUAGAUGUAGAUCAAUUGCUAGAGCUAAGUCCUGCAUCAAUGAAGAGGAUGAGAUUCCUCUUGUCUCCCCCCCUGCCAUUGAUAUAAAUUCAGCAUAUGCAAAGGAAAGGAAGGCAAAUCUCAGGAUUUAAUUCAAGUUCAAAUCCCCAACAAAAAUGGCUUCAUCUUUAUUCCAUGCUCGCUCCGACAGUUUGCCUUCAAGACCACAUCCUCUUAUGUCAGAGCUGGAUGAUCACUUGUGCAGACUAAGAGCUUGUGAAGCUACUUCUACAUCCUCGACCUCUAUAUCCCAUAAGCUAAGCGGCCUUCAAGACUUGCAUGACUGUGUCGACAAGCUGCUCCUUUUGCCUUUAACGCAGCAAGCAUUAGCCCAGCAGCAGAAUCGGAAAUGGAUCGAUGAGCUGCUUGAUGGAUCUCUUAGACUUCUUGAUGUAUGCAACGCUGCUAAGGAUGCGUUGUUGCAAACUAAAGAAUACACUCUAGAACUGCAGUCGACUAUCCGCAGAAGACAAGGAGGCUGCAAUGGCGAUCUUUCGAAUGAGGUUAGAAAAUAUAUAACCUCAAGGAAGAUGGCAAAGAAAGCAAUCCAAAAGGCCAUUAACAAUAUAAAGGGUUUAGAGAAUAAAAGUUCCAUCUCUUCUCUUGAAUUUGAUAAUGAGAUUGCAACGUUUGUCAGCGUGUUAAGAGAGGUUCAAGCGGUCACUCUUGGUGUGUUGAAAUCUUUCAUGUCCUUUAUCUCUGGAACAAAGUCACAUCCCAAGCCAAGCAGCUGGACAUUAGUUUCAAAGCUUAUGCUCCACAAAAGAAUAGCAUCUGGGGAAGAAGAAGCAGUUGCAAACGAAUUUUCAAUGACAGAUGCUGCAUUGGAAUCUCUGAUGGGAUGCACCAAGUACGAUAACAUGGAGAAUGUGCAAAGCCAGCUAAAGAAUCUGGAAGAGUGCAUUCAAGAUCUUGAAGAAGGAACACACAGCCUCUUUAGGCGAAUGAUCAAAACUAGAGUUUCCCUUCUCAACAUUUUCAAUUAGAAAUCAUAGAGAUAAGAGCCAUAACUGUACACGAACGUGUAUAUAUUUUUGUAUAAAUUUUGACAAAGUAAAUAGCUGUUUUUGCAAAAGACUUCUCUAGUUUACA